GCCGAAGCAACCAACUGUUUCGCAAAGCAACCUCCUCCUGCAAAUCUUUCUCAGAAAUAUCAACUGUUGUAACUUGUAAGUCUACCCUUCCCUUCAGUUUCUUAGAUAUUAAUUACUUCUUUUUUGUAUAUACUCGUCUCCUUCUCUGUUGAUUUAUUAGUUCUGUAUAUACGAGCGAGCUCGAUCUCAUUUUUUGAGGGAGGGGCAUAUUGAAUUUAUUAUCAGUUGAGAUCAUUCGAGUCUUAGGCGCGUCAUUUGUUGUCUAAUUCAGCUCUUUAGUUGAAAUUGCGUAUAGGAAAUUAGGGUUUUGGGUGUUGUAUUGGAAUUUGUAGCAUGAAGCCUUAUUGCGACAUAUUGAUUCUCGGGAGAAAUUCAUCCCUUUUUGGAUGUCCACUUCCGAGACGUGGUCAGUUUUCUGACCAUAAUUUGCCGAAAUCACAGUCGAAAUUGUAUUAUUUGGUGAAAACAAAUUGUUUUCGUAGAAAUACUAGUGUGCUAGGACAUAGGAGUGUUAGAGACCCGAACCGGAGGAGUUUUUUUGGCUCAGGUUCAAAUUGGGGUCAGUCUAGGGUUAGUUCCCCCAAAUGGGGGAAGAACAUCAAAUUCCCGAGGCUGCUGGCAAAUGUGUCUUCAGAUAUUAGGAACCAUUCAAAUUCUGUUGAAUCCCAUGUAAAUGAACGUAGUUUCGAGAAGAUAUAUAUUCAAGGUGGUUUGAAUAUAAAACCCCUGGUAAUUGAGAAAAUAGAAGAGGAUCAAGUGCAAGAGAAGGAACAUAAGAUUGAGGGGAAUGAUACAGAUCAGUCGAGUAAAGAAGGCGUUUCGGAACCUAGACAGCUUUCUGAUGCGGAAGAAGAGGCCUGGAAGUUACUCCGAGGAGCUGUUGUUAACUAUUGUGGAAACCCUGUCGGCACUGUGGCUGCAGCUGAUCCAGCUGAUAAGCAGCCACUCAAUUAUGACCAAGUAUUUAUUCGUGACUUUGUGCCGUCAGCACUGGCUUUUUUGCUUAAUGGAGAAGGUGAUAUUGUAAAGAACUUUUUGCUCCAUACCCUGCAGCUGCAGAGUUGGGAGAAAACUGUAGACUGCUAUAGCCCGGGGCAAGGGUUGAUGCCUGCCAGUUUUAAAGUUAGAGCAUCUCCUCUUGACGGGCGAGAUGGAGAAUUUGAAGAUGUUUUAGAUCCAGACUUCGGUGAAUCAGCCAUUGGACGCGUUGCACCUGUUGAUUCUGGAUUGUGGUGGAUCAUUUUACUGAGAGCCUAUGGAAAAGUAACGGGUGAUUACACAUUGCAGCAGAGGGUGGAUGUGCAGACUGGCAUUAAACUAAUAUUAAGUUUGUGCUUAACUGAUGGAUUUGACAUGUUUCCUACGCUCCUGGUUACUGAUGGUUCCUGUAUGAUUGAUCGAAGAAUGGGCAUUCAUGGGCACCCCCUCGAGAUCCAAGCUCUAUUUUACUCUGCUUUGCGCUGUGCUCGUGAGAUGAUUACAGUCAAUGAUUCAACCAAAAGCCUCGUUGUUGCUGUCAAUGAUCGACUCAGUGCGCUGUCUUUCCAUAUGAGGGAAUAUUAUUGGGUAGACAUAAAGAAAAUUAAUGAGAUUUAUCGCUACAAAACAGAAGAAUACUCGACAGAUGCAACCAAUAAGUUCAAUAUCUAUCCGGAUCAAAUCCCCGGCUGGCUUGUGGAUUGGAUUCCAGAAACCGGUGGCUAUUUCAUUGGCAACUUGCAGCCUGCUCAUAUGGACUUUAGGUUUUUCACUCUCGGAAACCUUUGGGCCAUUGUUUCAUCACUGAGCAGCCCCGAACAGAGUGAAAGUCUUUUACAUUUGAUUGAUCAAAAAUGGGAUGAUCUCGUUGCACAAAUGCCUCUCAAGAUUUGUUACCCUGCUCUAGAGGAUGAGGAGUGGCGCAUAAUCACUGGCGGAGACCCUAAGAAUACCCCGUGGUCGUACCACAACGGUGGAUCAUGGCCAACACUUGUAUGGCAGUUCACUUUGGCGUGCAUUAAAAUGGGGAGACCGGAGAUGGCGAAGAAGGCAGUUGCUUUAGUGGAGGAGAGGCUUCGAGCAGAUGGAUGGCCGGAGUAUUAUGACACUAGACAUGGAAGGUUUGUUGGAAAACAAGCCCGGCUUCGGCAGACAUGGACAAUUGCUGGUUACCUGACCUCAAAAUUGCUUUUAGACAAUCCAGAAAUGGCGUCUCUGUUGUUCUGGAACGAGGAUUAUGAACUGCUCGAGAAUUGCAUCUGUGGUCUCAAGCGCAAACACAAUAAGAAGUGCUCCCGCCGGGCUCCCGGAACUCCUCCUCGUCCUCCUUCCCCGACUAGUAUUGCUGCUGAUUAAGGGUUAUUCAUUUAUUUAUUUCUCUCUUGAUGGAGUUGCAGCAGGAGGAGAUCUGAACAUUCUUUGUUUGAUUUUUGCAUCAUACAGCUAGCUGGCUUGGCUGGCUCUCUACUAAUUACUAAAUAAUUUGAACUGUAAAAUAGAACCUGCCUGCCUGCCUGCCUGCCUGCUAAUUUGAUGCAUCAUCUUCAUUGUCUGACUUAACGAAUAUUGUCAAGAAAAUUCAUCCAUACUGUCUCGGUUUCUAUUCAUAUAUGCUGGAAGUUGGAAGCUCUCCUCCUAGUCACUCCUAGUCCUGCCUGCCUAUACAAGGCCUUGUUUCUUCUAUAGUUUGGACUUGAAUGAGAAUGGGGGCUUGAAUUUUUUUAUUUAGAAAA